UUUUUUCUUUUUUGAUAUAUAUAAAAUAAUAGAGUAUAUAGGACUAUAGGAGGGUAGGCCGAGAAAGAGGGGCCGUAUCUCCUGUCCUUCCCCAAAUUCCAAGCAAUCAAUAAAGGAAUUCAGCAUGGCUUCCGAUGUCGAGCAGCCUGCUUUCUCCUACCGUGCAAAGAAUGGAAAAUCUUCUGCUGAGACCGAUGGUAUUGAAGAGCCUCUUUUGAAAAAUGAUAGUCGCGAAUAUGAGCACUUUUCCGUGCUUUCCGCUAUUCUUCCGUUUUUGUUCCCCGCUUUUGGAGGAUUACUUUAUGGUUAUGAUAUCGGAGCCACAUCUUCUGCUACUAUUUCCAUUAAGUCAGCCACAUCGAGUGGGAUUUCAUGGUACAAUUUGUCUCCAGUUGAAGUUGGUCUUAUUACCAGUGGCUCAUUGUAUGGUGCAUUGAUAGGCUCAGUUUUGGCAUUUAAUGUAGCUGACUUUCUGGGGAGAAGACGAGAAUUGAUUCUUUCAUCUCUGAUGUACCUUAUUGGAGCUCUGGUAACAGCUUUGGCACCAAACUUUGUUAUCAUGGUGAUCGGGCGUUUCAUUUACGGUAUUGGAAUCGGAUUGGCAAUGCAUGCUGCUCCAAUGUACAUUGCGGAAACGGCUCCAAGUCAAAUACGAGGGCAGCUAAUUUCUCUUAAAGAAUUUUUUAUAGUUCUUGGGAUGCUAGUCGGCUAUAUAUCCGGUAGCCUUUUGGUGGAAACAGUUGCUGGUUGGCGGUACAUGUAUGGAGUUAGCUCUCCCCUGGCAGUCAUAAUGGGAAGUGGAAUGUGGUGGCUUCCUGCUUCCCCAAGAUGGAUUCUUCUAAGAGCAAUACAGGGAAAAGGGGAGGUUCUGGCUUUGCGAGAUACUGCCAUAUAUUGCUUAUGUCGGCUGAGAGGUGGAGCGAUUGGUGAUUCGGCUCCUCAGAAGGUGGAUGAGAUUUUGUCUGAGCUUUCUCACCUGCGUGAAGAGGAAGAAGCUACAAUAGCAGAGAUGUUCCAGGGUAAAUGCCUGAAAGCACUAAUAAUUGGUGGUGGCCUCGUCCUAUUUCAACAGAUAACAGGGCAACCAAGUGUGUUAUACUAUGCAGCAACUAUUUUUCAGAGUGCAGGAUUUUCUGCCGCAUCUGAUGCAACAAAGGUCUCAAUUCUACUUGGUUUGUGGAAGCUGAUUAUGACAGGGGUAGCUGUUCUGGCGGUUGAUAGAUUGGGAAGAAGACCUUUGCUACUUGGAGGUGUAUCUGGUAUUGUAAUAUCCCUAUUUCUUCUGGGUUCUUAUUACACUUACCUGGGUGACAUACCCGCUGUGGCAGUUGUUGCUUUGCUUGUAUAUGUUGGAUGUUACCAGUUAUCAUUUGGUCCCAUUGGUUGGUUGAUGAUUUCGGAGGUUUUCCCCCUUCGUCUAAGAGGACGUGGAUUGAGUAUCGCAGUACUGGUGAACUUUGCUGCAAAUGCACUUGUGACAUUUGCAUUUUCUCCUCUUAGGGAGUUGCUGGGGGCUGGAAUUCUAUUCUUUAGUUUUGGAGGCAUAGCCGUGUUGUCGCUCAUUUUCAUCUUCUUUAUAAUUCCAGAGACAAAAGGGCUUACCCUAGAGGAAAUUGAGGCUAAACUCCUUUAGCAGCUUCAUUUACUAGUUUUCAUGGGGUUUGUGUUUAGAUAUGUAGUACUCGAACCCCUUUGUACUACAUUGAUUGUUCUACAUGAUAAGCUAUGGUAACAUGGUGGUGGGUCUCCUCUCCUUCACCUAAGUUGUAAAUGUUGUUACUUGAUACUUUUUCAUUCCAUGGAUGUAAUUUACCUGUGAGAUUCUUGUCUACUUGGGGUCCUGUUCUAAUUACUUCUUCCUCGGUUUUGGAAUUAAGUUAUUUGUGAGUGUA